AUGUCCAGCAACAUCCAGCGACGCCGAUCCAUAGAGCCGGGCGUCGCCUUCGCCUGGCCGCAGCCUGACAAGAGUGCACCCUCGUCCCCGUCACGCGAUUGCGCCGAGCGACGAGCAUGCAGUCACCACCACCAGCCUGCUGCCGACGCCGGCCACCUCCAGGACGAGCGGCCCGCCCAAGGUCCGCUGUCGUCGCUCAACCUCAAGAGCGACUAUGUCGUGCCGCCCAUGAGCAGCGUCUCGGUCGACCCACCCAUUCCCGCCGAGACGGACUCGCGCUCUGCCCAGGACCAGCAUCCCAUGAGGACUAACCUGCCCUUGCUGUCCCAACCUCUGCUUUCCCUCGAAGCUUUCCACGCCGCUCCCGCCCACCACCGCCUGCAGGCGUUGGCAGCCCCCGGUCACGCGAUCUGCACUGAGUCUGGGACCAUCGCCGACGACCACUUUGGAAGCAGCACCCCCAGCCUGACUGACGCUUCGGGCGGCCCAACCCUCCUGACGCUGCCGCCCGAAAUCCGCCGCAUGAUCUACCAGCACAUCCCCUACAUCACCAAUCGACAGCCGCUCAUCUACUGCCUGUCCAUCUUCAAGGACAGGAAGCAGCAUCCGCUCGCCGCCAUCUGCCGGCUCAUCCGGUCCGAGACGCUCGAGCUCUACUACAGCUCCAACACCUGGCUGAUCAAGCUGGAGUAUCGAGACUUUUAUGACUCGUUCGUCUCCUGGAUCUCCUCUCUGGACGACGCGUCGGCCAACGCGCUGCGCCUGCUCCGCGUGAGCGUCCGUGGCUCCAUGUUCGCGAAGCCAAUGAUCUACGGCCCGGAUGGCUACCUUGUUGAAAACACCGACAAAGGUGCCUACGGCUACGCCACCUUCGCCAUUGAUUUGAGCGAAAAGCUCAAGUUCGGAAAGGUCGAGGUUCUUGCGUGCGAUGGGCCCAAGUCCGCAGCCUUGGAGGCUAAGGUAGCUUUGGAGGGCAUCACCAAGGACCUAUGGGAAAAGAAAGGAUGCGGCCAACUGCGCGGUUCCGACAUCAAACUUGCCAUGGAUACGUUUUUGAGCUUCACCGGCUGGUGGCUCUAA